GUCCCUUGAGGGUCUCUACUUACCGGUAAUCAUGGACCGUCCAUGCCGGUAACAUCAGCACUCACCCAGCGGCUAACGCGAAACUAAGAUUCAGAAAGAAGCCAACAUUCGUAUGUUAUUCGAUGGUUCUACCGCCAAUAAUAUAUCCACUCAUCGCUCAUACAGGUUUGGUAUCAACCGACGGGUUGAUAGUAUCCACGUAGGGUACAAGCACGGAGGUACGAGGGUACAAAAUCGAGAGCGCCAAAGGUACGCAAUAGCAAGAGUGGAGUGUAGUCAGCCAAGAAGAUCAAAGUAGUUGUGUUGCUAGUCGCCGUUCGCUAGGCGUUUAGUCGGUUUCGGUCCUCGGUCGCGUCAGCAGCCGGAAUCCUGUAAAGGUGUACUCUACUCGAGGUUUUUUUAAUGAAAACAAUCAUGUUCAUUUCAAAGGAUAAUUAAUUUCGUCAUACCGCUUGAAUAUUCGUUUGAAUGUUGUUGAAAAAUCAAUUAUUCGUUAAUCACAUCGCAGUUGUACUGAAAUAAUUUUUGAGAUAGCGUACGCGAUUUUUAUAAAAUUAUUUAAUUCUAAGUAUUCGAUUUUCUUCUGAUAAACAUGAAUAAUACGUUUAAUUUGUUAAAAAUUAAGUCAAUCACGCUGAAAUUCUUGGCGUAGUUCAAACAGCAUAGCAGAGACACAAAUAAACUAACUAAACCUUGUUCUUAAACGCAAUUAUCUCACCAUGAGCCGGUAAGUUUGAUACGGAUCGAGAGGCUACGAUUUCUACUCUAGAGGUACAAAUAUUUAAACUCAAUUGGACGGCGUUGAGCAAUAACAUAGUCGACAUUCUUUCAAAUAAUCGUACGUUCGAUAUAUUUUGAUUAUACGGAUCGCGCUUCACAUUUUGUCAAUAGUUCGAAAAAAAAAUCUCUUUUAUUUUUGUCAUUGAAGACGUUGAUGCUUAUACUUGUACAUCGGCGACGUUUGUAUAAAAAAAAAACGACGAAAAGGCAAUGAGGAUUUUAUGUGCCGUUGUACGUAGGAGAAUUCGAAAUUUAAGGACAUCUAAAGUACGAACCGUUACGGGUGCGUCCUUCGACCCUAUACACUAGUGAUCUGAAUUUCAUUAAGCUUGUAUACGUAUAAGAAUCUUGUAGAAAACGGUCGUUUUAUUGCUAAGCCAGGAAAACAGACGGUAUGAAAUAUCUAUGAAUGAAAAUACGGAGGCUAACAAAAACGUUUCAGAUGAAACAAUAAUCACGCAAUAAGGAAGUAGGACAAGGCCCGGAGCGUCAAGAAAUAAAAUAUGGGAAAAGGCGACAAGAAAAGUGCAGCACAGCGUUCGGACGCUAGCACAAAUUUGGUGGGAAAAUUUACACAAAGCGUGAGGAGGAUCGUUCAGGAUGUCAAGGACGAAGGAACCUCCAGUGGACAGACUAAAGAAGAGGUAAUUGAAACCAACGAGAGGCUGAGGACCGUUAGGAUACGUCUUGAUGGAAGUUACGAUACUGCAAAAAGGGCUCUCGUAGGUCUGAUGUGCAAAUACACCGACAGUAAACAGGUUCGGAAUAUUUUUCAACGCUACAAACUCUUGAAAUCAAUGAUCAAGGAUGUGAUAAAGUUGGAAACGCAGUAUUGGACAUUGGUGGAUAUUCCAAAGCAGGAAAAACAGGAAACGGUACCAGCAUUUGUUCUUAGAGCUUGCGCUAUAAUGGAAAAAACGCACAAGAGCGGCGAGGGCGUUAAGACUUCCGCGAGAUUGGCAGAAGAAGCGGAAACAAAAAGAGAGCGCAUUGAGCGACUGGAAAAUAUGACGACUGUACAAAUCGAGGCAGAAAAUACGCAGAUGACCAACGAUCUGUACAGACUUCUGAAGAAGUACAGCGGACUUCGGAAUCUAAUAAGAGUACUCAAGACGGAAUACAACGACUCCAAGAUGUACCCGAUGUUUCCGAGGUACACGAUCCUUAAGGACCUGAUUAAAGCCAUAAUGCACGACCCAGAUUAUAUGGAAGUAUGUCACGAGGUGGAUCAAGCAUAGCGUCCCGACCCCCUUCACCGCUCUCCACGCAUGACGUUAUAAGUGCAGCAUUUAUCAACAAAGCAUUGUCUAAUGUCAAAGUUUUAAUUACGUGGUGAUAUGGUGCAGGGGGUGCCAACUUUACGGUUAUUUAUAUUAGGCGUUGAGGAACGGGUGGUAUUAUACGACUCUUGGAUAUCAUAGCAAAGAACAUAGCUUGAUUAUGCAGACUUGGUGUGCUCAAUGCUUCAUUUCCGGAUGAGAUAAACAAAGUGCAAUGUUGAUUUCUUGUUUAUAUUUUUAUACCAGUUGCCAUCAGUUGGGAGAUUCCGAAAAAAAAACGACGUUUUUUUUUAAUUGUUUUAAUUUGACGUUACCUAACUCAAUCCGACGAUAUGAGAAAUUGUGACGUAAUAGUACUAUAGUGAAUUUUAUAUGGAUGAGAUAAAAAAACUCAUGAUUAACAGGAUAAAAAUGAUGCUGAUUUGGCACCUUAUUUUCAUAUCGGCUGCAUUUCAUAGUUUUACUGAAUCUUCGAGUUGAAAUUCAUAAAUUCCUUGUAUUGGUUUAUUUAUUUGACCAAAACACAAAAGGGAGAACUUGAGGAUUGGAAAUCUGGAAUCAAAGCUAUCGUAGUAAUGAGAGCCAAAAAGAUUAGUCUGAGAAGAACGGUCCGAUGAUUUUUUGUACCACAUCGGCGGUCAGUGCCAGUGUUGGGCGAAAUUCGACAGGAAUUCGAAUUGCAUGAUCAAUACAUUAAUUGAUCGAUUGAUUGCUGAUGAUCAAAAACAAGAUAAGUGUCCCAUAUUACCACCCUUCCUUCGAUCAAUGUGAAAGGUUGAACGUUGACUCGAGAAAUUUUCCCAUGCGCUCGAGAACGUGUUAUUUUUUGAAUCCAAAAAUAUAGAGAAUAAUCGACGGAACAAAAUAUCAACAGAUGAGAGGAGAGAGAUGUACCUUUCAAAUCUUAUAUAUUGCUAUAUACAUAUAUAGGGAAUAACUAUCGAGAAAAAAGCACAUAAUCGUCGAUCAAAUGCAUUCAAAAAUGUAUCCAGUUUUUCCCCCAUUUUUAUAACCUCUGACUCUUCGGUUACAAAGGUGGAAAAGUAAUACCGUUACGAUAAAAUCUUCUGAUCAUUUUUUCACGAUUAUCGAAAACAAAGAUCGUACUUGAAUGCGCGGUCUUUUCCGGGAUAGAAUCAAGAUAGCCGUUUGCACAUUGAAACACAAAUAAAAUUAGGUAAAUUUGUGUAUGUAAGUACUUAUAUUUUGUAGUUUGUACGGAUAUAGAAUGUCAAAUGGAUGUUUCCAAACAGUUGGUAACAUGUGUAAAGAAGGUAUUAUCAUAACUAUAGGUGAGUGAGAUAUUAUAAGUAUAUCUACUAACGGAAAACAUUGACACUUUAAAAUGUAUUGUAUGUUACGUGUUUCGAUUUUGGCCAGCCGAUUGUCUAAAAGCAAAAUAGCUGCAAAUUAUGAUCGGAAAAAUCGAAUCAAGAUUAGAAAUUAAUUCAACAAGAAAACGUCCGAUGAAUCAUUCCAUUUUUGAGAAAAAUUUCGAUAUCACUUUUUUAUGCAAAUGACCUGUCACCAUACUUGAAGACCAAAUAAUCUCGCGUUUCUUUUAUUUUUUUUCGCGAAGAGCGGCGAGUAUACGUAUAGAUACCUAUUAUAAUUAGGCGGUGCUGGUCAAUAUGAGGACAUGCAAUAUAUGACCUAGAUAUAAUUAAAUGUAAUCAAAAUAAAGACUUAUGAUAUUAGUACAGAUAAUUUAAUAGAAAACAUAUCCAGGUGAAUAUCAUUUGAUAUAGUUAAUGAAUAUCAUGCUGUUCGAUUUUAUGGAUAUAAAAAAGUUUAAAAUAGUAAAAUCUAGCGAUAAAAGAUAAAGGUCUAGGUAUAUAUCGAUUGAAGAUCAUACGGUGAUCAGACGCGUGGAAUCGAGAAGUCAGUUAGUGUCGUAAAAUUGUGCCAUUAUAAUAAUUGGAGUGCUAAAGAAGUAUAUUACAAUGUGUGUAUCAUAUAAGGAGUAAUUAAGACAUAGAAAAAAUUCCGAGUGAUCCUUUUAAUAUUCAUGCUACUUACGCUGCAGUGUGCUGUGCGUGAUUUGAGAAUAAUAUUAUCUCUGUGAGGUUACAAAUCUAUAUUGUUCUUGUACCAUCUAGUGUUGCAUAAUCCUGCGUUUAGAAGAAUCCUAUGAUCGAUUUUCAUCCGGCGAGUGAAUUUUGAUUUUUUUUUCAAUCAGUGACAUUCGAUCGUUUUCCUAGCAUUGCGUAAUUUAAGAGAAAUAGAUACGAUUCGGCACGCAACAUUAAUUGAAAUUGAAAAAAACUCACCUUUUUUGCAUCACGAAUUGUGGAUUUGUUUCAAUUAGUAUCGAAAUCUGCCUAUCACUACUCUAAAAAUCGAGAGUAAAAGUCUACGCCAGGAGAAAUACUGAACACAAUACUCCAGGAAUAUUUCAAGCAAAAAUUAAGAGAAAAGUUGAAAAUCUGCAAUGCAGAAUUCUUUUCGAUCUUCAAACGCUGGGAAGCUACGUUAAUCUAGAAUUACUACAAUGCCCACGUGAUAAAGUUAUGCAAUGGACGCGUUUGGUCUAUUGUUUGAAUACUUGUU